AUACCAUACCGGGGCGGGGGACAAGUGCGCAUGCGGGAACAUCGUAACAGAGGGAGCAGAAACAGUUUCCUGGGUGUGCGCAGUUGAAUCUAUCUAUUUUCGUGUUAAGUCGUUUUCAUACGUAUGAUCUAUUCAAACUAUUCAAACGAUACACUGUAGAAAGUUUAUUACAUUUAGUCUUUCCUCAUGCUUUGUUUCCACUCCUUUUGUGAAGAAUACAUGCUAAAAUCAGCUAGCUUUUUAGACAACAACAGUCGUGUAGCGGUGUUCCUGCAUCAUACGUGUAGCCUCCACACCUUAGACAGCCAUUGAAGUCAAAAGAUUAAUACAAUGGCUUUAAUUGAGAAAGACAAUAGGUCCUCCGGUGGUCAGGGAGGAGAAUCGGACGCUAUUGUACAAACAUAUGUAUUAGGGGGCUUCAGUGAGAGCCGCGAGACCAGAGCUCUCAUAUCCACCCUGCCGCAGGUCCAUGGGGACACUGUGCAAAGCGAGUCCACCAUGCAGAGGUUCCUGGUGAUCAUGAACAGAUAUCAAGAACAGCCUAAUCUCCUGGACCCACAUUUAGAGUGGAUGCUGAAUAUGAUACUGGAGAUUUUAAGGAGUGAGUCAUCUCCUCCUUCAUUGGUUCAUUUGGGCUUCAAGUUUCUCUACACCAUCUGUAAGGUCAGAGGCUAUAAAAUCUUUAUGCAACUGCUUCCACAUGAAGUGGCAGAUGUCCAUCCGGUUUUGGACCUACUGUCCAGGCAGGAUCCCAAAGACACAGAGACUUGGGAAACUCGUUACAUGUUGCUGUUGUGGCUCUCCAUGACCUGCCUCAUACCAUUUGAUCUAUAUCGUUUGGACGGUAAUUUGGAGUCAGACAGCGGCAAGGCCAGAGAGUCCACCAUGGAUCGCAUUCUAGCUAUUGCAAAGUCUUAUCUGCUUGUAAAUGAUAGUCCCAGGGAUGCUGCAUCUGUUCUUGUAUCAAAGUUCAUGACACGCCCUGAUGUGAAGCAAAAGUGCCUUGGGGACUUUUUGGACUGGAGCCUCACCACUGUAUCUGAAACCAACGACCAGUCCAUGAGAGACAUCAUGGUCCUGGACGGAGCUUUGCAGUCUCUGGCCAAGCUUUUCAAACACGGUAAACGAGAAGACCUCCUCCAGUAUGCUCCCACAGUCCUUCAGUGCCUGGAGAAGAAACAUCUAUCAGACAGCAGUCAGGCCAUGCUGCGGAAACUUGGCGUCAAACUCAUCCAGAGGCUUGGACUCACCUUUCUAAAGCCACGUUUGGCUUCUUGGAGGUACCAGAGAGGUAGCCGGUCCCUCGCAGCAAACCUCUUGAUGUCCCAGUCAGAAGCAGCUGCUGGUGCUGUUACCCCUGACAUGGAGACACAGGAACAGGAGGAGGAGGACUAUGACAUUCCAGAGGAAGUGGAGACUGUUAUUGAGCAUCUCCUGGUGGGGCUGAAAGAUAAGGAGACGAUUGUGCGAUGGUCUGCAGCAAAGGGCAUUGGGAGGGUGACUGGGAGGCUUCCCAAAGAGCUGGCAGACGAGGUGGUUGGAUCAGUACUGGACUGCCUCAGCUUCCAGGAAUCAGACAAUGCUUGGCAUGGAGGCUGCCUGGCACUGGCAGAGCUGGGUAGGAGAGGCCUGCUGCUGCCUUCCAGAUUGACAGAUGUGUUGCCACUCAUCAUCAAAUCCCUGACUUACGAGGAAAAGAGGGGAGCAUGCAGCGUUGGCUCCAAUGUGCGCGAUGCUGCUUGCUACGUGUGCUGGGCUUUUGCUCGGGCCUAUGAACCCGAAGAGCUUGAGCCUUUUGUCAACCAGAUUUCCAGCGCUCUGCUCAUUGCAACCGUCUUUGACCGAAAUGUCAACUGCCGCAGAGCUGCCUCUGCUGCCUUCCAGGAAAAUGUAGGAAGACAGGGGACAUUUCCUCAUGGCAUAGACAUCUUAACGACAGCAGAUUACUAUGCUGUGGGGAAUCUCAACAAGUGCUAUCUGAACAUUAGUGUUUAUGUAGCCAGUUUUCCGGAGUACACCAAGGCAAUGAUAGAUCAUCUGAUCAUCAUGAAGAUUAACCACUGGGACGUGGCGAUAAGAGAGCUCUCCUCUAAAGCGCUCCACAACCUGACGCCUCAAGCGCCUGAUUACAUGGCAUCAACAGUGUUGCCACAGCUGUUGCCCAUGGCGGUGGGCAUCGACCUCCACGGUCGACAUGGAGCCAUCCUGGCAUGUGCUGAGAUUACGCAUGCUCUGUAUAAACUGGGCCUUCAGACCAACAGGGUUGUUGUGGACAAUUCUUCAGAAUGUGUGGAUGCAUUAAAAAACAUUCAUCAGAUGCUGCAUGACAGGAAACAGUACAGGGGGUUUGGAGGAGAGCUGAUGAGGCCGGCAAUGUUCAGCCUCAUAGAGAAGCUGUCCCUGUCCAAAAUGCCUUUUAAGAACGAGCCUGUUAUCACUGGAUGGCAGUCUCUUAUCGAUGACACCAUAAAGAACCUUCUCAUUUCUGGUGGUGUAAGGGACGCCAUUAUGGUAAGCUUGAUCAGUCUCUUGUCGCAGCGGUUGUCCGCCCUGUCUGCUUUGUGUGAGGAGUACUACCAGGCCGAACCAGGCCAGGCUGACACACAAAUGCAGGAUGUCCUGGUGUCUCAGUACAUUGAAGGGCUGAAGAGCGGUCAGAUGCUCACUCGUUGCGGAUCUGCGCUCGCUCUCGGCUGUCUGCCAAGAUUUAUGAUCCAUAACAAACUGAAGCAGAUCCUUGAAGGUCUUCAGCAGAUGUGCGCUGUCACCCAGAAGGAGGGAACUUUUACCGAGGCGAGGAGAGAUGCAGUCAAAGCCAUGGCUCAGGUGUGUGAGAAGGCAGGUGUUUGCACCCACGGCUCCCCCGAUUCUUCCCUUGGCUUUGAGAAUGUGACCGAGGUGUACACCACUCUGCUCAACAGCAUGAAUGACUACACAACAGACAGCAGAGGGGAUGUUGGGGCCUGGGUCAGAGAGGCAGCAAUGACCAGUCUGAUGGAUUUGACUUUAUUGGUGGCCAGCGGGGCUCCAGAGAUCCUUUCACCUGAGCUCGUGAAGCCUACCAUGUGCUGCCUGGCCCAGCAAGCCGCAGAGAAGAUCGACCGCUACAGAGCCCACGCUGGAAACAUCCUCCUCCGCCUCCUUCACAGCAGACCUGCAGUACCUCACAUCCCCCACAGAGAGGAGCUGCUGAGCAUUUUCCCCUGUGACACCUUAACCAGUCUGAACUGGAACGCUCCAUCCCAAGCCUACAAAUACAUCACCCAGCUGCUGAGACUGCCUCAGUAUCAGCACCACACCCUGCUGGGCCUUACUGUGUCUGUGGGAGGGAUCACAGAGUCAACGGUGCACUUUUCUUCACAGUGGUUGUUCGACUAUCUGAGAGGGGUUCAACGUGACAGUGAAGCACUUUCACAGUUUGGAGAUUCCUUGCUGAGUGUCCUCAGAGACAACCUCCGCAACGACAGGGUGUCCAUUCCUUUCCUUAAGAUGCUCAAUCAGAUGCUCGCUAACAGCUGCUUUGAAAUCUUCACCACACAAGAGAAUCAUCCGUUCUGUGUGGAACUUUUGACUCUUUGCAAAGAGUCCAAGAAGGCCAAAGAUAUUUCCAAGCUGCAGGCCUGUAUAUCUGUCUGUUGUGGGCUGAUCCAGUUCCAGGGGGAAGUGAGGAAGAAAGUUCUGUCCCAGCUGCUGAUGCUGCUCUGCCAUUCAUUCCCAAUUAUCAGGAAGACCAGCAGCCAGAUGUACGAGAUGCUGCUGUACUACGAUGAUGUUAUAGAUCCUGAAGUGUUGGAUGAUGUCACCCCAUGCUAAGUGGACCCUAACUGGGAGAGCGACCUUGUAACCGUACACCACAGGAACCAGCUUUGUGAUAUGUUGGGAGUCGCCAGGCCCAGAUGGUUGCAAAGAAUGCCGUUCCCAGUCUCCUGA